GUUAAAACCUCAGAAAUUAAUUGUGUGGUUUAUGCCACAUUUAAUUUAUUUUAAAUUUAAAUUAAAAAAUUAAAAGUUAACCAACUUUCAACUAUUAAAUUAAAUGCUACGUGAAAACGCAAAUGCGCAUGCGGUAAAUUUAUUGAUUUUUCCUAACAGCUGAUUGAAAUUACUUGGUCACGUCGAACACGUGCGUUGCGGGCGCCAUUACUUGUUUACUGCUUGUUUACGUAAGAUACACACGCGAAAUGGAUGAUACCAUUUUAAUAAAUUUGGUAGAAAAAUACAAUUUUCUGUAUGAUAGGAGACAUACAGAUUUUAAAAACAAAUCGAUGAGGGCCAAUGCUUGGUCCACAAUUGGUUCUAUUUUAAACACAUCUGCUGGUGAGGCUGAACAGAGGUUCGCUGUUCUACGCAAUAGGUACACUGUUGAAAAAAAGAAGAUGAAAGCAAAUAGAUCCGGUGAUGCAGGAGGAAUUGAGAAGAAAUGGCCCUUAUUUGAUAUAUUAAGUUUCCUGGACACGUUUAUUAUACCAAGAAGAACUACAGGCAACAUCUCAACCUGCUCAGCAAAGCAGGACCAAGAAACUCCAAUUUUGGAGAUGCCGAAUUCCCCAGAAUGGGAUACCUUCACGCAAAUAACACAAACUGAAGAUCAACAACCUGCUAACACUCCUGCAGAUUCGGAAACAGACGAGCCACCCAACAGUCCAGUAACCACUCGAGUAACCAUUACACCUCCAAUUACAAGACGGCCAAAACGAAAAAACGAAAAAUAAUUCUGUCCAAAAUAUGCAAUUAGCCAUUUCAAAUGCCUUUUCGGCUUUUAACACGGCAAUCCAACAACCCCCACCGAACGAGCCACAAGCCAUGGAUGAAGACGACCAUUUCGCCUACAACAUUGCAGCCUCCUUACGCCGGAUAACCUCUAACAAAAUAAAAGCACAGGCAAAAAUAGACUUGCUGCAAGUAAUGCAAAAAUAUGCUGAUUAAUGUUCAUAUAUACUUCUUUUUAAUUUAUUUUUGUAAUAUGAUUAUUGUAAUAGUUAGGUUAACAAAAUAUAAUACAAACUAACAAUAAUAUAACAUUUUUAUAUUCAAUGCGGUAAGCUGCCUGCAUAUAUUUGUUGGAUUUGCCAUGGUACACUUCCAGCAUCGGACACAAAAUAAUCCGCUAGCAAAUCUCUAUUUGCACCAACUCUGUGAGAAAAGUUGUUGGUGCCAAUCCUUCCAAUGCCUGUUAAGUGUUGUCCAGUACCUCUCCAACGACCUUCGUGGAGAGUCCCUUCGCCAUCUAUGUAAUCGGCAUAACCAUUUGGUAGAUAUACUUUUUUGCCAUUUUCUUCUGUAAGUAUAAAAUUGUGUAGAACCACAGUUGCUUUCACAAUUUCUUCACAAGUGCUGAGGUCUGCGAUAAUAGUUUUUCUCAACACUCUCCACCGUUGUGCCACAAUCCCGAAUGCAUUUUCUAUGCACCGUCGUGCCCUUGAUAAUCUAUAAUUGAAAAUCCUUUUUUUUUCUACCAAAUGUUCUCCGGGAUAAGGCCUCAUUAUGUUCUGGUGCAGUGGGAACGCCUGAUCUGCCACCAAAAAGUGGGGUAGCAGAAUGCUGCUUCCUGGUAGCACCUUUGGAUUUGGUAGUUGAAGACGUUGUUCAAGUAGCGCACUACCAAAUCCAGAUUCUCUAAAUACCAUGCCAUCAUGGUUAGAUCCGGCAGCCCCUAUGUCCACCAUAUUAAACUUAUACUGAGCAUCGCAACUUGCCAUCAGGACAAUACUACACAAUAAAUUCAUUUUUUAUACAUCUAACAAGAACAUAUUUAUACCUGAAGGUUUUUUUGUAACUAAAAAACUGUGAUCCAGAAUGUUUGGGACUUUGAAUAACUACGUGCUUCCCAUUCACAGCACCAAUGCAGUUGGGCAUAUUCCACAACCUGGAAAAACCGGCAGCAGUUCUCUCAAAAUCGUUUUUUGAUGGAGUCGAUAAAUAAAUAGGUUGAAGUCGUUCCCAAAGGACUUGGCAAGUUUCUUUUAUUAUGCAGUGAACGGUGGUCUUACCAACAUAAUAAUUCCAUGCAAUAUCUUGCAUGGACGUACCUUGGGAUAGGAAACU